AUGACUUCCUUGUUUGCACAAGAAAUUCACCUUUCUAAAAGACAUGAAGAUAUAGUAUCGCAAACAUUAAUGAUACUUCAACAAAUGGACAAUAGAUUUGGAGAUCAAAACCUGGACAAGGCAUCUCAGAUGCAAGCAACUGAGACUGCUUACAACAGGAAUCUUAGUCUUGUCAAUGUUAUAGAAGCUGCAGAAAAAUCUCUGCAAACCAGGAUUCAUCCACUUUCACAGCCUGAGGUGGUUUCUCUUGAGACUCAUUACUGGGCAUCAGUAGAAGAAUAUAUUCCCAAAUGGGAAAAGUUUCUUUUAGGAAAAGCACCCUAUCCUAUUGGUUUUGAAAAUCAAAAGAAAGCGGAAAAUGCCAUUCAAAAUGAGGUGCAGCUAAGCCCAGGCCACAGGGAAAGGUCGAAAACUUCAGCCCUAGCUGCCCCAGCCCAUUUCAACCUCCUGCUCGCCAGCCUCGCCCGGCCCAAGUGGGAGAGUCCCGACGCUCGCAGCCUGGAGUGGGGAGAGGGGCGCACAAGGCAGCGCUCCGGCUGCCGGGGAAGCGCGUCCCAGCGGUACGCAGCUCUGUACCGUUUCCACCCCUCUGCGGGCCCCACCUUGGCGGGCUAUGCCAACGCCAAACGUGCCUGA